AGGGGGCGGGCCUCGCGGAGGGCGCGCAGGCGCACGGUAGCAGCCGCAAUGGCGCUGCCGGGCUCCUUGAAUCGCUAUCUGCUGCUCAUGGCACAGGAGCACCUGGAGUUCCGCCUGCCGGAAAUAAAGUCCUUACUCUCACUGUUUGGAGGCCAGUUCACUCACAGUCAGGAAACUUACGGAAAGUCUCCAUUUUGGAUUCUUAACAUUCCCUCUGAAGAUAUUGCGAGAAACUUAAUGAAACGAACUGUGUGCGCCAAGUCUAUAUUUGAACUAUGGGGUCAUGGAAAAUCUCCUGAGGAGCUGUAUACUUCUCUUAAAAGUUACCCUGUGGAGAAGAUGGUUCCAUUUCUGCAUUCAGACUCAACAUAUAAAAUAAAGAUUCACACGUUUAAUAAAACAUUAACUCAAGAAGAAAAAGUGAAACGAAUAGAUGCACUUGAAUUUUUGCCAUUUCAAGGAAAAGUUAACUUAAAGAAACCACAGCAUGUAUUCUCCAUUUUGGAAGACUAUGGUUUGGACCCAAACUCUAUCCCUGAGAAUCCAUAUAAUAUUUAUUUUGGCAGAUGGAUUGCAGAUGGACAAAGAGAGCUAAUUGAGUCAUACAGUGUCAAAAAGAGACAUUUUAUUGGAAAUACAAGUAUGGAUGCUGGUUUAUCAUUCAUCAUGACCAACCAUGCAAAAGUGAAAGAAAAUGAUCUUGUCUUUGACCCCUUUGUUGGAACAGGUGGCCUCCUGAUAGCAUCUGCUCACUUUGGUGCCUAUGUGUGUGGGACAGACAUAGACUACAACACGGUUCAUGGCUUGGGAAAGGCUAGUAGAAAAAACCAGAAAUGGCGUGGACCAGAUGAAAACAUCAGGGCAAAUCUUCGUCAGUAUGGCUUAGAGAAGUUUUACCUUGAUGUCUUGGUUUCAGAUGCAUCUAAGCCUUCCUGGAGGAAGGGAACCUAUUUUGAUGCAAUCAUCACAGAUCCUCCAUAUGGUAUCAGAGAAUCUACAAGAAGAUCAGGUUCACAGAAGGAAAUACCAAAAGGAACAGAAAAAUGGUACACUGAGGAGAUGGUACCUUGGCACCCUUGCCUGAGACUCGUUAGCAACUGUGAGCAGAAACUUUCCAGUCACACAGCAAGGCGCUUGAUUACGAUGGAAAAGGUGAAGGAAUUUGAGAACCCGGACGAGUACUCACACCUGCUGAGUGAGCAUUUUCUGCCAUACCAAGGACAUAAUUCUUUCCGUGAGAAAUAUUUUAGUGGUGUAACCAAAAGAAUUGCCAAGGAAGAAAGAUGCAGCCACGAGUGAAAACUGAUGCUGACAAUCAGGAAAGAAGGGGUGUUUUAUAAAAAGGCUUUGGAUGUGAAUUUGUGCAUGUGAUUUAAAAAACCUGCACUGAUUUACAAUUUUUUUGUAUAAAUUGCUAUUAAUCAAAAUUGAAUAAUUUCAAAAUGGUCUUUGUUUUAGAGACUAUUUUGAUGUAUAUGUCUUUUGAACCUUGUUAAGUGUCAGGGACUGAUACAUAUAGACAAAGUGUUUAUAUUUUUACAAAGAAAAUAUUGUUAUCUACCAGAUAUAUGGUAGGCAAUUAAUAGUGAUUUAGAACCUUACUCAUUUUAUAAAUUUGCUUGGUUCCAUUUUUAGUUGUAACUGUUUUUCAUUGACACCAAUAAACUUUACUGGGAAUUUCUAAAAAUUAUGUGAUACUCAGUAUUUCUCAUGGAAUGUUUAACCAUAAAUCCCUUAUUAGUCAUGAGAGUGGCCCUGCAAAAUCAAGGAAGCCUGUGGCCUGAGAACUGCGGAGAUUCCAACCUGAGGCCUCCAUGGGCCUUGUGCCUGUGAAGGCGUCUGCACUGUGGGUCAGCUCCUUCAUUCCUAAACCUUGACUCUUGGGGUCAGGAGAACUACCUGCCUUCAAUUUUUGGCUGAGAAAGUUAACUGACAGCUCAAGUCCCUGACGGCCACGUAAGGGCAUUAAGUCUAAUCAGUACUCAUUGAAACCGAAGCCAUAUUUUUCUCGAAGGAAAAACCUUGCUGAGUCUACAUUAUGUCCAUCAUGGAAAUAUCUUCUUUGCAAACCAUUGUACCCAUUAAUUCUAGAUGCUAAUAGCUUUCUGCCUUUGGUGGUACCUCAGGGAGGUGGCAGUAAAUGGAUGCUUUCUUUCUAACCGGAGACUAUUUUAUGUGUUGUUGUUGUUGUUGUUAUUUUCAUUAUUGUACUGUGACUGCUGGCUUUAUGAACUCACAUGUAUUAACUUGCAUGACUUAGGAGCCGCAAGUGACCAGUGCUGUACAGAGGUCAAGCAUUUAGCUACGCUGUCUUGUCAUGUGCACUUGAUUUCAGCAAGUCUAAAGACUUUCCUAUUGGGUUGGGUUUCUGGAUGUUAUUUGUGGUACACUAGGGGAAAUCCAAAAGUGUUCAUGGGUGAUUUAUUUGCAGUAUUUCUGUUAUACAUGGUCUUAUUUUAAAGUAUUUG